AGCCGACUGGCGAUAACUUCGCUGUCGGCUUUUAGAAUGGAAGCACGGGGGAAUCAUAUCUCACGCAUGCCGAACACGUCUCUUGAGUGUGAUAUAUAUCUGUUCCAUUUUCUAGUCAUUCCGGCUGUAUAAUGUGUAGAGAAUUGCAACCAUUUGUAGUUUUACGGAUCCUGUUCUUCCUGUGUCGAUUUUAGGAUUUACAUUUCAACUCCAAGAUAAUCUGUACAACCCCCCAACAUGCCUCACGCGGUACACGGACAGCCUGAGUCGCGUCGUCGGGCUUCUGACAAAGCGACGAAAACAACAGCACGCAAUAAAAAGACCAACUCAUCGCUCCAACAACAAUAUGAGAAUCUCCGCACCAUGUUCGACGAUUCGCUGCUAUCCACAUCACUUGCAGCUAGCCUGCGCGCCAAAGUGAUCACGUCGCGAAGCCCGAUCACGCGUGCAGUCUCGCUCGGGCUGGGCAGCUUCGCAGAGCGGUCCAAGGACCAGCCGAGGCGACUCAAACAACUCGCCAUGUUCAUGGCCGCAGCGGCCCAGAUCAAUGCCCUGCAAGCCACAACCGGUGGACCCCAGCUCGAGCUCUUCGCGCAGGACCCGACAUUUACAAAGCCAGACAUCUCAUUCCUCACCUCCCUUGGCAUCCGCGUCUUGAAAACACCGUCGCCAUCGGAAAUGGGCGAGGCCCAGUCAUACAUCGACCCAAACACGCUUGUGUACAGCCCAUUCUUGACAAUUGAGGCAUACGAAGCGCUCUUGUCUGCAUGCAGUGUGAACCUGCUGCUCGGUGACGACUUUCAGGCCCUGAAGCGCAAGUUCGACAAGAACACUAGCGAUCAUCACCUGGUGGAUAGGCUAGGGAAAACACACAUGGCGGGCCUAGAGCGCCGCUCUUUAACUGGGAGUGGAUUCUGGGAUGCCGCAGAAGACCAGCCGUUCCCGAUGGCACUCUACUGGAAGCGCGAGGUUGCAGCCAGGACUUCGAAGUUGUAAAGCAGCUGCGUGACCCUGCUUUUCUAAUGUCGCAUAUGAUACCCCAUGACAGCGUAUAGAGCACUAUAUAGAACUAAUACAGCAUGAACACCAG